UCCAGUAAGAAUACCAUGAAGGUCUCCGCAGCUGUCCUGGCCGCUCUCCUCCUCCUGGCCCUCUGCUCUCCAGCUGUGGCCCAUCUUGAUGGCGUCCCCACCACCUGCUGCUUCACCUACCAGCACCGCCCUGUCCCGCGUGGCCUCAUCGCCUCCGCCUACACCACCAGCAGCAGCUGCAGCCAGCCAGGGGUGAUCCUGGUCACCAAGAAGGGGAGGGAGAUAUGCACGGACCCCCAGGCCCGCUGGGUGAAGGCACACCUGGAGCACUUCCAGAAGAAAAACUGACCCUUCCCUGCUGCCACCGCCCCCUGGUGGGCUUAGCCCCCAGCACCAAGAUGCAACAGAGUACUUGAACUGUGUCUUUCUUCAACGGGAAAUUUA